AUGAAAGAAUCCAAUAAUUUUUCUAACAGAACAGACGGUGAUGAUAGAGAAGAACCAAAAUAUUUGAUACCACUUUCGUACAAACUGGAAAAUUCACUUUCUGAUUUCAAUUCAUUGAAAUACGCCACUAAAUAUGGAUACAAGUUGUCAUCAAUACCUUUGGAUUUGUCGAUUACUAAAUCAGGGCUUUGUUCCAAUGCUUGCAAUAACAUCAACCGUAACUUUGCAUAUAAUUCUUGUGGUCUAGAAUACUCAGAUUUAUCCACGGAUGGUCCUUCGCCGUUGAUUUCUUUAAGCAAUUCUUCAGUAGUAGUUGAAACAGGGUACUCAUACAUUCCUGUUUGUUUGCCAACCAAAAGCUGUUCAAUAAAAUCAAUUUUGGAGCCCUUUCUAGUUCCAUCGUUUUCAUAA